AGUCACGUAGUUGAGGUUGGAAAUUUGCAUACUCCGUUGGCCCCUCCUUGAGCCUCCGCCCUUCGGCUUCCCCUGUCUGCCCGCCCCCCCGCCAACGGCCCCAUCGAACCCCGCCCAUUCGUCCCUAGCCAGGAUCUGCUUGCCAAGCCCUGCUGGAAAAUAGCUGGCAGCAGCUACCUGCUUUAGCACUGGAACUCUUUGUCCUGCCGCGCGUCCCAAGAAAAUUCGUUUGCUUCUACCCCCAAAUCGCGGGGCGAUAUUAUGCCCCUUCUGUCUGUCUUUUCUCACCCUCAGCUUCUUGGUUGGUGCAUGUAUGUAUGACUUCAGCAGAAAUAGUUGAGUCCCUACUGUAUUCCAGGCUCUGCUAGAAGCUGGGGAUGAAUCUAGAUCACGGUCCCUGCCCCCGUAGACCUCACAGUCCAGGGGAGAAGCCAGGCUCCACAGACCCACAGUGGACUCAGCGGUUUCUUACGACUGCCUGUCCAGCUCUGCAUCUGAGUUCAUGUACGGGUUUCAGUGACCAGUCAGCCUCAGGACACCACUUUUGGGGAAUUCAGUUGCCCUUUCCGGGACUGGUCUAAAUACCUUUAGUGGUCAGCCUCGUCAUCUCUCCCAGUCCUUUGUUGAUGAGUCUGUUCUGGUAACCGCUGAGUCAGCCUCCCCUUCAGAGAUCAUGCCUUCUGUCAAACGGCAGUUCUUCGAACCCAACCCCCCCAUUAAGCUCCAUCACCCACCAGCCUCUUCUAGAGCUAGCAAUCAUCCCUGAUUCUGCUCCUGACCACUCCAGAUGUGUGAGCUUUAACAAGUCCUUUUUCCACCCCGGUCUGGAUUCAGUUUCCUCUUCAACCAUAAACUUCAUAAACUGCGCAUCCUUCCUCCUAUCCUGGACUGAUGUGAGGAUUUGCUUCCUGAACGUUAUUGCUGAAAGGCAUCUUACAUUCAUAAUAUGAACCACAAGGGCCAGGCCAGUCCAACCACAACAUUGCUUAUUGAUAGGCUGAGACCUUGCACUCCCUGGAGGAAGAAGGCCUGCUGCACCGUCAGCACCAGCCAGGAGCUGCACAAGGACACCUCCCGCCUGUAUAACUUCACCUGGGACCACUGCGGCAAGAUGGAGCCCGCCUGCAAGCGCCACUUCAUCCAGGACAACUGUCUCUAUGAGUGCUCCCCCAACCUGGGGCCCUGGAUCCAGGAGGUGAACCAGAGCUGGCGCAAGGAGCGCAUCCUGCACGUGCCCCUGUGCAGAGAGGACUGUGAGCAAUGGUGGCAGGACUGCCGCACCUCCUACACCUGCAAGAGCAACUGGCACAGGGGCUGGAACUGGACCUCAGGAGUGAACAAGUGUCCAGCUAGGACCACCUGCCGCACAUAUGAGGCCUACUUUCCCACGCCUGCAGCCCUGUGUGAGGGCAUCUGGGAUCACUCCUACAAGGCCACCAACUACAGCCGAGGGAGUGGUCAAACCAGAUAUAGUUUGACCCGGCCCAGGGUAACCCCAACGAGGAGGUGCCUACAGAUUGGGGUCUACAGGAUGCCGAUGGCUCACCUUGCUGAUAUUAAAAGUCCGGUCCAGGCAGGUAAUUCUCAGGAUGGGCUCAAAGGUGGCUGCUUCACCCUGCCCCGCCCUGCUGGUCAGAUAGCCUCCACACUGAUCCCAGAGUCAGAGGAAGGCUUGAAGCUCAUCAAAGACAGAGACUCCCCACAGAUCAGAACUCCACCUUCAAGGGGCGCCUGGGUGGCUCAGUGGUUGACCGUCUACCACCUUUGGCUCAGGGCGAGAUCCCAGGGUCCUAGGACGAGUCCUGCAUCUGGUUCCCUGCAGCCUGCUUCCCCCUCUGCCAGUGUU